CAGAAACACCAAACAUUGUGUCAAUAUAUCCACUGAAUCAAAGUCAAAUGAUGGAGGAACAAGUACACAUAGUGCCUUACAAUAAAGAAACAAGAACACAGUACUGGUUACGGUGUGACAUCAUAAAUGUUGCUCCUGUUCAACAUCUGACUGUGAGAUGGUACAAAAAUAAUAAAACCAUCCAGACAGAGUCUUUCAAUGACACAACAACUAAAACACUGGUAAAUGAGUCCUCGAUUCUGAGAAUCGACAUCAGCAGAGAAGAAAAAGCCACUGAGUUCAGAUGUGAAGCUGAGCUGGACUUUGGACCACAUGGACUAAAACUUCCUGCCAUUUCUCAAACACACAGAGUUUCAGCCCACUAUGCUCCUGAGAUCAACACAAGUUGUACUGUUGACAUCUCACCACUUGAGGGCACUAACAUCACAUUGAGCUGUGAAGCUGAAGGAAACCCCUCUCCUGUGUAUAACUGGACUUGUGAUGGGGAGAAUAUGCUGGAGAACACAAACAGUCUCAAUAUUAUUCGAAUCAAUCGCAACAAAACCUGCACCUGCACAGCUGCCAAUUAUCUGGGAAACAUAACUAAGACAAUCAAUGUUCAUAUCACACCAAGAGGUUGUCCUCUAACUCUGGCACCCUCUGAAAUGGUUGUGAGAUUUGGAGAUCCAGUUUCAAUCAACUGCAGCACAUCAGCCACAGAUGUUGCUGAAAUGGCCUGGGUGACUCCUGCUGGAGACAAAGAAUUUAAACCUGGUUCUGAUGUCACUUGGAUGGUUAAAAACCUGAAAUGGUGGACUCCAAGUCCUUUCUGUAGCAUCACUCUAAAUGACAAUUUUCAGUGUUCUGUGAGCCCAGUCAUCAUUGUUUAUAAAACCCCAGAGACCGUGUCAAUCUCUGAAAUAAAUCAUGGUCUGAUGUUGAAGCACAAAGAGGACAAGAAGUACACCAAGACACAAUACAAACUGCAGUGUGACAUCAUCAAUGUUGCUCCUGUUCAGUAUCUCACUAUUACUUGGUAUAAAAACAAUAAAAUCAUCAAGACAGAAUCUUUCAGUAACACAGCCAAAACACCAGUAAAUGAGUCCUCUAUUCUGAGAGUCAACAUCAGCAAAGAAGAAAAAGUCGUUGAGCUCAGAUGUGAGGCCAAGCUGGACUUUGGACCACGUGGACCAAAAUUUCCCGCUAUUUCUCAAACACACAAUGUUUCAGCCCACUAUGCUCCAAAGGUAAACACAAAAGAUAGUAAUCAUGACUAUCUACUUGAAGGUUCUAAUAUCACCUUGAGCUGUGAAGCUGAAGGAAACCCUCCUUCUGUCUAUAACUGGACUUGUGAUGGGGAGAAUAUGUUAGCGAACACAAACAGUCUCAAUAUAACUCGAGUAAAUCGCAGUAAAACCUGCACCUGCACAGCUGCCAAUUAUCUGGGAAGCGUAACCAAGACGAUCAAUGUUCAUGUUGAACCAAGAGGUAAAACCAAUAAAAUCACUUUUGCAGUCAUUUGGGCUUUGCCAUUUGUAGCAGCCAUCAUCAUCUCCAUCUUCAUUGUGUUCUACUGUCGCAAUCAGUGGAAAAAACAUGGACAUUAUAGUUUUGUUUCUGACAAAGAUAUCCCUUUGACACAAACUAAUGGAAACAAAUAAGAUAUCUGCUGCUUUCUGUAAAUCGAAGCAAAAACUUAAUUUUAUGUGCUACCUAAUUAUUUUUCUUUCAUUAAAAAAGAAGUUCUACACCCAUUUGUAUAAAAAACUCCAAGCUUCACAUUCCUGGAAAUGUGGGCCCACCCACUUCAACAAUGGAUCCAUGCUGAUGGGCUUUUAAAAAAAGUUUUAUUUUCUAUUACUU